AUGAAGCAAGAUCUCGAUACAGAUAAAAUCAGGGAGUGGCGAUCAAUCGUCACCCUCGUUGUAUUUGUUCUCACCAAUAUCAAUGUUCUUUUCCCUUUCCAUAUUCCAAUAUAUGUUCCAACAAGCCUCUGCAACGCCUUCUUAAACGCACUGAGUAACCUUCGAGUCAUUUCACCAAGAGAUGGGUCCAAGGACAACAAGAAGUCGUUUGUUAAGCUCAGAUUUCCCAUGAAUAUGGUCACUGCGCCUCUGAUCGCGGACCUAUUCCUACUUGCCAUCAGGGCAAUUGGGCGACGCGAGAUCCACGAUGGCACCAUCGGUACCGAUAAUAUCGAUCCCCUUGAUAUCAUGGUCUUCUUCAUCACCUUGGCUUACAUUGCAAUAUCGAUCGAUGCGUCUGGCCUUAUCCGAUACCUGGCCUUCAGGGUCCUCAAAUGGGGUGGUAAAGCCGGGCCUCGACUAUUUUGCUACCUCUAUACCUUCUUCUUUAUCCUGGGAAGUUUCAUUGGCAAUGAUCCUAUUAUCCUCUCUGGAACGGCAUUCUUGGCUUAUAUGACCCGAGUGUCGCGUAACAUAGUGCACCCGCGUGCGUGGAUUUAUACCCAGUUUGCAGUUGCCAAUAUUGCAUCCGCAAUCCUCGUUUCUUCAAAUCCGACGAAUCUCGUCUUAGCUGGCGCUUUCAAUAUCAAAUUCAUUGCGUACACGGCGAAUAUGGUAGUGCCAGUGGUCAUAACAGGCAUUAUACUUUUGCCUUUCUUAGUCUAUAUCAUCUUCGAGGACGAAGACCUCAUUCCCACUUCAAUUGAAAUCCACGACCUUCCUGACGAUGUCAAAGGGAAAAAGCCAGUCAAUCCAAAUAUCCCUUUUGCCAGAGGCCACAUCGAUGACGAUGCCGCUAAUUUAGCUAAUAACGAGGAAGGAAAACUUCUUUCCUUAGAGGAGAUCAUGAACCCCUUCCUCGACAAGGGAGGCGCAGCAUUUGGUGCAGUUAUCAUGGCUGCUACUUUGGCUACGGUAUUGGCUCUGAAUGCUGUGAGCACCAAAUCAGGGAAGCAUCAGCUAUUUUACGUCACUUUGCCAGCGGCAUUUGCCAUGUUUUGCUGGGAUAUUGCCUCAGGGUGGUAUCAUAGAAAGGAGACACGCCACAUCGCCCGCAGUGGCAGGAAAGAUGUCGAGACCACAAGGGCUGAAAGGGCUUUUCAAGAAGAGGAAUUUAGACGAGCCUCCUUGACCCAUGGCGCCCUGCAGAAAUCUACUGUGGUUGAUUCUUCAACUUCAUCCUCUGACCAGACCAAUCUUUGCCAGAGUCACGAUGAGGUCAUUCAGACUGAGGAAACACCAAAAGAGAAACAUGCUGCCACUGGAGUCGCCUCCGAUGAGAAAGAUCCCGCAUAUCAAUCAGAAAAGCAAAAAGAUCACAGCGAGAUCCGGAACUCGGUGCCACAUCCGACCCAGCAUAAAGAUCUUCCUAAUGAAGUGGUUUUAAGCACCGUUAGGGAGGGAGUUCUAGCCUCUCAAUCUGAUCUUGAAAUGAGCAGUAUACCCGGCACUCUGCAAGCCACAGUUGAGGGCGGUCAUAAUAAGCCGACAACUCUCGUUUCCAUUGCUCAAGAUGUGUUCCGAUGGUUGCAAGAAACAUUCCCCACCGCUACAGCUGUAUUGGUACAUUUGCCUUUCGCGCUGGUUCCCUUUGCCUUCUGCAUGUUCAUCCUCGUACAGGCACUUGUCACGAAAGGAUGGGUUCCUGUGUUCGCCUACGGCUGGGACCAUUGGGUAGAGAACACUGGCACGGUGGGUGCCAUUGGAGGGAUCGGUUUAUUAUCUGUAUUACUCUACAACUUUGCCGGGACAAAUAUCGGGACCACUAUAUUGCUUUCACGGGUAAUACAGGCAUGGCAAGAGAUCCAUCGACAGCCCAAUGCUGGCCCAAUAAGUGACCGCACAUUCUGGGCAACGGUAUAUGGAAUGGCGCUGGGUGUGAACUAUGGUGCCUUCAGCGCUUCUUUCAGCGCCUCCCUGGCUGGGCUUCUCUGGAGAGACAUUCUCUCCAGGAAACACAUACGCGUACGGAGCCUGGACUUUGCGCGUGUUAACCUUCCUAUCAUCACAAUCGCCAUGAUUGUAGGCUGCACUGUUCUGGUUGGACAAAUUUACAUUAUCAGGACUAAUGAACCCUACGAUGCAUGA